GGUAUGCGUAGUGGGUGAAACAGAUAAAAAUGGCCAAAAAACCCAUGAGUGAUGGGGAUUUUAACCGACUUCUGUCUACACUGAUAGCAGAAACAUCGGACAAAGAGAGAAAAUUUGAGAAACUGUAUUAUUCAAAAGGAAAUUUCAGUGGGACACAAGCGGCCGGACUGAUAAACUGUUUCAAAACAGCCCCGGAGCGCGUGCGAGUCAUUAAAGCUUUGGAAAGGAGACUGUGUCGCAUGUGCUGUGCAGAGGCUUGCGAAAUAUUGAAGGCUGUUCAGUUGACCAAUCGCGACCGAUUGUUCACGCUCGAUUGUAUAAAGGGAACGCUGGUAGAUCAUGAAACAACAGCGGGCAUUGAAAACAUCUUGAGCGCAUUCCCAUUUGAAACAGACAAGAGAAAGGCUUUGGAGAUUCUAGCCACGGUCAGCAUGUACGUUACGCGAGAACUGGCAGCUGGAGGCCACCAAAUGUACGCGCCUGUCGGAGUGUUGUAUACACAAAGCUUCCCAUCCAACGAGGCCUUGUAUGGACCUUUGGAGAGUCAGCUAGCACUCAAAGAGCACCGAGUGAAGCCAUCUAUACCCGUGACUGCCUGCAAGAAUCUAAGCCCAUCCGCCUUCACCGCGGCGCCUUCGUACAUCUACACUGGGGACAAGGACCGGUCUUGGUACUCAGGUGGUGGGAUUCCGCCGUUACCACCACCGAUCUCAGACACCGUCAUAACCGGGCCACCGAGAAAAUUGGGUGAAGAGCAAACGCAGUUUGUUGAGGAACAGCCAAACUAUCCUGCGAACGAUCCAUGCCUAACGAUUCAUCAAGGCGGACCCAGCCCGAUCGGCUUUCCGAAUAUCCAGCCGCUGGAGCAGACCGAUUGCUGCUAAUAUCAUGUCGAAAAUUCAGUUGAUACGGAGUAGAAUAACGCAUUUUGCGUUGCGGGUGCCAAAAGAACUCAUGACGUUUCAAAGCUUUGGCGUCGUAACAAAAGAUCUAACUGUGACUUCCUGAAACUUCCCUUCAACUCAUUACUUAUUUGCAUCGCAUCGGAAAAAGAGUAGACCUUAUUUUAAAACUGCAGUUCCUUAUAUCCUUGGGCAAGGCCGACGUAGUACAAGUCAUAAAAUGCCA